AUGCCUUGCCCCCACUUGAAACAGAUUGCUUCGUUACCCUCGCCAAAACUAUCUCAAUCGAUACACCGGGAAGAAUGCACGCAGUGUUUCGAUGGACAAGAUAGUGACGCUGGAGUUGAUGUGUGCUUAAACUGCUUUAAUGGGGGAUGUUUGUCGAUGCAGGAUGGUGGAAACGGACAUGCAUCUCUACACGCCCAAAAAUUUGGACAUGGGUUUACAAUUAAUGUGAAGAGGCGACUGAAACCUGCAGUUGAAGAGGCGUCAAGACGGGACUUGGAUGGGGAACCACCACUUAAAAUGACCAAAGUUGCUAUCAUGGAGGAGCGGGAAGAGGACAAAUACGAUUAUACGACUGCUAUCCGAUGUUACAAGUGUAAUCCGGACGGAAUCGCCGUUCCUGAAACUGAACUGAACGAUCAACCUCAGAUCGGAAAUCUGAUGAAGGACGUUAUGGCUACCCAGUCUUCAGCUCGGAAAUCAGAGGUGCAAGCCUGGGAGGAAGAGAUACUGCCAUGUGAACAUACUUUAAUGCUCCAGCAGGUGCAGUUAAGCAAAGAAGGUCUUGAGAAGGUCGUUGGGCAGGGCGCGCAUUGCACCAGCUGCAGUCUGACCUCCAAUCUCUGGCUUUGCCUUACUUGCGGGAACCUGGGUUGCGGAAGAUCUCAGUUUGGUGGAGUAGACGGAAAUAGCCAUGGUUUAGCGCAUUUUGAAAUGACGAGGCACACGGGAGAGGUCCAUCCUGUCAGCGUUAAACUGGGAACUAUCACUGCUGAAGGGAGUGCUGACAUUUACUGCUACAUGUGCAACGACUCUAAACUUGACCCGGAACUUGCCAAACACCUCGCCACGUUCGAAAUCAGAGUGGAAACACAGACAAAGACUGAAAAGAGUAUGACAGAAUUACAAAUUGAACAAAACUUGAAGUAUGAUUUCUCCAUGACCGGUGAUGACGGAGGUGCACUUGAACCGCUCUUCGGUGGUGGUUUGACCGGAUUAAAAAACCUCGGCAACAGCUGUUACAUGGCAUCCGUACUACAGAUGCUGUUUUCAAUUCCCGCUUUCCAAGGAAAGUACAACCUUCAUGGUUCGAGUUGGGCCCAGACCCACACUUUAACUUGUAACAGUAUAGCACCAGCGGAUUGCAUCGAAUGCCAGAUGAUCAAGAUUGCAGAUGGCCUACUUAGUGGCCGGUACGCAAAGAAGGCUAUCUCGUUGUUAGCUGAAGAUGAUGUCAAUGCACCACGGUUCCAAGAGGGCUUGAAGCCCUCGAUGUUCAAAGCACUGGCUGGAAAGGGGCACGCAGAGUUUGCGACAAUGAAACAGCAGGAUGCCGAAGAAUUCCUCGUUCAUCUGCUUGAGGUCCUCCGCAGAGAGAAGCGAAGAAAGACCGGCGGGCAAAGCUCUGAUAAUGAACCGGACCCAACGACUGUAUUCACAUAUGGCACUGAACAACGCCUGCAAUGUGCCACAGGAUGCGGCAAAGUAAGAUACCGUGUUGAUGGCGGGAUGGAUGUGGUCAGUGUUAGUGUUCCUGCUGUUGAGAAAAAAAGGAAGCACGAGCUAGGUGAAGAUGUCGACAUGAAGGAUGCGUCCGACAAGAAGUCUGAAGAAGGGAAAAGAGAGUAUGAAGAGGUCGCCCUUACGCAGUGUAUCGACGACGCGUUUUACGGCGUCGAGUCUAUAGACGAGUGGACAUGCUCUGAGUGCAAAAACAAAGGCGCUGUCAAGCAAGUCAGAUUUGCAUCGUUCCCAGAAGUUCUUGUUAUACACGCGAAGAAAUUCCAGUUGGUUAACUGGGUGCCUGCAAAAUUAGACAUUCCUAUCAUCCUGCCUCCGGAUGAUAUUCUGACAUUUGACGAUCGACACCUUGGCAAAGGUCUUCAACCCGGCGAAAUCGAGCUUCCUGAAGACGAAACAAGUGCCCCAACUUUGCCGCAAUUUGACGAAGGGGCCAUGACACAGUUGACAGCCAUGGGAUUUUCUGAGAUACGGUGCCAGAAGGCACUUCUAGCCACGGGCGGUGUCAGCGGUGGAUCCACAGCCGCAGAAACUGCUAUGGAAUGGCUGUUCGCGCAUAUGGAUGAUCCUGAUAUCGAUGACCCGAUUCAACUCUCUAAAUCUGAGAAUGGCGGAGGCGCAUAUGAACCCUCCCUUGAGCAAGUAAGCAUGCUGGCGGACAUGGGUUUCACAAAUGCACAGGCCAAAAAGGCAUUGAAGGAGACUCAAGGAAACGUUGAGCGAGCCGUGGAAUGGCUCUUCAGUCAUCCAGAUGAUACUGGCGAAGAUCUGGCCGCCUCCAGUUCCGGUUCUACUUCGGAGAAGACUGAGGUUGGCGGAACGCGAGAUGUCCCUAUUUCGUACAAACUCAUGGCGUUCAUAUCGCAUAAAGGACCCUCUGUGCAUUCCGGCCAUUAUGUUGCGCAUGUAAGGAAGGAUGAGAGAUGGGUACUGUACAACGAUGAGAAGGUUGUAAAGGCGGAUGAGGAGAGUGUUAAGGAGCUGAAGAAGCUGGCAUACCUUUAUAUAUUUGAGCGAGUAUGA